AUGAACGAAUGCGGUACAGAGGAGAAGAAGCAGUCGAGCCCACACUUGGCAGACGGGAUGCAGACGCAGUCUGCCGGGCCCCACGAUUUUCCAUCGAAAGCCUCCUGGCUGUGCUUCUGGGAGAUGCUGCGCUCUGCCCUUGGAGCGCUGCGUGCUGAGGCUCUCGGAGCCUCUCCUGCCGAGGGACUCGUGGAGUUUUCUCCCUUCGGAGUGUUGCACUCUAACACGCACACCGCUCCUCUCCCCACGCGGUCUGCGUCCAUCCUCGGUCUCGUCACGGGUGCUGUGGACGGCCACCACGAGGUGCUCCUGUCCUCUCACCGCGCCAGCUACGUGUCAAACCCCAUUUGCAAGGGCUGCCUGUCGUGCUCCAAGGACAACGGAUGCAGCCGGUGCCAGCAGAAGCUGUUCUUCUUCCUGCGGCGGGAGGGCAUGCGCCAGCACGGGGAGUGCCUGCACGCCUGCCCGGCGGGCUACUACGGGCACCGCGCACCCGACAUGAACAGAUGCGCACGAUGCAGAAUAGAAAACUGCGACUCUUGCUUCAGCAAAGACUUUUGCACCAAGUGCAAAGCCGGCUUUUACCUGCACAGGGGCCGCUGCUUUGAUGAGUGUCCGGACGGCUUUGCACCCUCGGACGACACCCUGGAAUGUGUGGAAGGAUGCGAAGUUGGCCAGUGGAGCGAAUGGGGAACCUGUAGCAGAAAUAAUCGCACGUGUGGAUUUAAGUGGGGCCUGGAAACCAGAACACGGCAAAUCGUUAAAAAGCCAGCAAAAGACACGAUCCCCUGUCCGACCAUCGCGGAGUCCCGGCGAUGUAAGAUGACCACGCGGCACUGUCCGGGAGGGAAGAGAAUGCCGAAGGCGAAGGGGAAGAAGAACAAGAAGAAGAAGAGGAAGCUCCUGGACAGGGCGCAGGAGCAGCACAGCGUCUUCCUAGCCACAGACAGAUCGAACCAAUAAAGCCAGACCCGGACGGUGGAUGGGGUUUUGUUUCAUUUCUGCAGAAGUGCACAAAGCUACUCUCGCUCCUGCAUGCUGGUGCACAGCCGUGGGCUGCUCUGCCGGCCUCCUUCCCAGUGGCAUCGUGAAAGCUGCAGCCUGCCAUGGCCUCGGGAUUUAUGCUUUGACUGACUCUGGAGCCGUGCAGGCUGGCGCUCGUGACUGUCUGUACUCGGCCUGGGACUCGUUUAGUGCACUCUCCUGGCUCUGGGGACCUGCAGGGUGUGUGGCUGUGGCCACCCCUGGAGAUGCACUUGAGCCUGAUGUGGAGGAUGAGCAGAGGACCGAGCACUGCUCACCUGUGACCUUUGCUUCUCAGCUGUGCAUCUGCAAGGUCAGAGUGUGCGGAGAUCUGCUUCGUGUGGGCAUGCGGUGUUCUUCCUGUUCCCGACCUGCAAACUGCUGCACGGACUCCGCUGUCCAGCUGGGGAUGAGCUGCAGAACCCUGCCCCGGCUCUGCGCGUGCUCAUCUCUACAAACUCCUUGGCCACCUGGAAAGCUCCACUGCCCAUGUAUUUAUGCUUUCUCAUGUGUAACAAGUCACGCCCGAGUCCUGUCACUUUGUUCCUAGUGGUCCCUAACCAGCGUCUGGCAAAUGACUGUUCUUAGUUUUGCAAAUUGACACGUUUUUGUUGCUUCUUUACACUUCUUUCAAAGGUGGCCUUCUUUCUCAUGAUAAGGAUACAAUGGCUCCUCAUCUAUAGAUCAGACAACUGCCGUUGGGGUUCUACUGUUGAGAGACCUUUCCACGCUUGUCCUGUCCCACGUUCAGAAGCAGCAUGCACUGUCAGACUUCAGAAGCCAAACCUCCCUUGUGAAGGCCAAGUCUCCAACGUGAAGAUUUCAUGGAACACAACUAAACACGAGAAGUUCGAUUCAGUCUUCAUGUAACGUAUUUCUGACUUUUUUUAAAAUUUAAAGCAAUCCUCACUUUCAGCUGUCAGUCUUACUGGGUGUGAGUAGAUGUUAGAAUCAGGGAACUAUACAUAGAAUUGAGGAGAAAGCAGGAUGAAUUCCUACCACUGCUGGUCAGGUCUUGACAGACCUCGAUUGAGCCAGAGUCUAUCUCAUAUUUAAAAACAAAAUACAUGAUGGGAACUUGCCAGCCGAUUCGUAGAGCAGUUGUUCGAAAGCUCCAUGGUCUAUGAGGAGCUUGUUCUUAGGGGAUUGUGAAUGGGCUUCUGAAAACAUGACCUUCCCAGCUGAUCCAGAGGAAAACCGGAGUGACCACAAAACACCACCACCAACAUGGUUGUAAAUUUUUCAGUAAACGACCAAAGCGACAUCAAGCCUUUCCCUCACCUUGAAUUGGCAAAACUACCUCUUCAGUAUUUUUGUUUAAUGUCUGAGUUAAAAGCAUCUUACCAAUAUGUAUAAAUGUCCUAUGCAUCAUUAUGGAAAUAGCGCUGUGAGAUUAUAAGCCAUAUCUGAAUGUCGCAUACAACUUUAGGGUUUGCAUUUAAACCUAAAGUGUUCACCUCCUUUCAUGUCUGCUUACACUGUCGUCCUGCUUACCACGUGGGGAGGGGUCUCCUUUAUAUAGAGCUUCACUGUUAGUAAGUCAGUGCCUGUUUUGUUUCUGAAAUGAUUGUUUUGUGCAUUAAAAAUUUUCA